UCCUUCUUCCUUUUUGCCCCUUUUCAUCCACUUUUGCUUCCUUUUACUCCUCCUUUUCUCCCUCCUCCCCACCCCCGUUCUUUUGUUUUUGUUUUUGUUUUUGUUUUUGAUUCGUGGGAAGGAGAAGGUCGCCUUUUCAGUUCCGCCCUUUUGCCUUUUCUCUGUUUUCUGCUCGGCGCCAAAGAAGAGAGGAAGAAAAAGGAGGAGGAGGAGGAGGAGGCGCUAGAGAAGCAAGCACAGGGAAGACGAGAGGAGACGACGGCGAACGACAUCGCCGGAUAUGCGCCCUGACGAGAAACGGCUGCAACGACGAACUACUCUGCACCUCCUCGUGCUGAGGCGUGAUCCCCACCGUUGCCCAGCUUCGAUCGACGCGUCAGAAUUGGGGGAAGGAUAAGGGGAUAUGUCUUCUGAUAGCAGCAGGGAUCCGGCCAUCAAGCUUUUCGGAAAGACCAUCCCGGUGCAGGAGGCCAAGGCAGCCGAUUCCUUCACCGCCGACCACGCCUCCGACGUAGCUUCUCCCACGCCACCUCCAUCCUCCCCACCCACACACGAUGAGGAUGCUUGCAGAGAAGCUAAACUUGAUGACCCAACAGUAGCUUGCCUGGAAGAAGCGUGUAAGCCUGGUGCCUCUUCCUCUUGUUUGAAUGAUCGCAGGGAAGAAGUGAGGGCGCCAAGUGAUGCAAAUCCUGAGUGUGAUAAAGCAUCUAUCAAUUUCAAGUCAGCAAAAGCAGCCGAGGAAGAUCAUAAUGAAACUGAAUCUGGAAACGAGAAAGCGUUGAAGAAACCAGACAAGGUUCUCCCUUGUCCACGCUGCAACAGUCUAGACACCAAGUUCUGUUAUUACAACAAUUACAAUGUUAAUCAACCGAGGCACUUCUGUAAGAAUUGCCAAAGGUACUGGACAGCAGGUGGGACAAUGAGAAAUGUGCCUAUUGGUGCUGGUAGGCGCAAGAAUAAACACUCUGCAUCACAUUAUCGGCAUGUAAUGUUGUCUGAAGGCAUGGCCACUGCCAGGGUAGACACAGCAGCUGCCACUCAUCCUCAAGUUAUCUCUUGUGGUCUUUCACCACCAGCAAGGGCAUUGAAGAGCAACGGCACUGUUCUUAAGUUUGGGUCUGAAGCACCACUUUGUGAAUCCAUGACAACAGUGCUAAACUUAGGGGAGCCGGCUAUGACAGCUAAAAGGAAUGUUGAGGUGCACUCUGCUGCAUGUGGUGAAAAUGUAGAGGAGUUAUCAUGCGGCUCGGUGACAGCUCCAACUAGCAAGGCAAACGAGUUGCAAGAGAGCAUGCUUAAUAUGGAACAAGGGGGCAACUCAAGUGAUUGUAAACGUCCGACUCCACUCAUUCAAUGCUUUGCUGGUGCUUCAUGGCCAUAUCCUUGGAACCCCGGAUGGAAUGCCAUUGCUCCUGUACAAUCUGCGCAUUGCACUUCAAAAUUGUAUUGUGGUCCAGAAAACAGCAGUCCUAGUUCAAUUCAAUGGCGCCCACCUCCGAUAGUUGCUGCCCCUGCUUUCUGUGCACCUGCCGUUCCAUUUCCAUUUGUUCCAGCAUCAUAUUGGGGCUGUAUGCCUGGCUGGGCUGGUGGAGCAUGGAGUAUGCCAUGGAUGGGUUCUGCUCUUUGUUUAUCAACUACUUCAUCUACCAGUAACAGCAGCUGUUCAGAAAGUAGUUCUCCAACCCUAGGGAAGCAUUCUAGGGAUAGAAACCUGCAGACUGAAGACAAGCCGGAGAGGUGUCUAUGGGUACCGAAGACGCUCAGAAUUGAUGAUCCAGAUGAGGCUGCUAAAAGCUCUAUUUGGGCUACCCUAGGUAUCAAACAUGAAUGCGGUGAAGGUGCUACAAAGGGUGGACUUGUGAAAGCGUUUCAACUCAAAACGGAAACCAAGGAGAACACCCCGGAUGAUUCACCAGUCUUGCACGCUAAUCCUGCUGCAUUAUCCCGGUCACAAACAUUUCAGGAGAGCACCUAAUCCAUUAGCAUCUUCAGUUCUGUUUCAUGAAAAAGAUUGCUUCCAUCCAUAAAGGAUUCUGCUGCUUCAUGGAUUUACCAGCGAAUUUGUGAUGCGCUCUCUCAUCGGGAUAGCAGUUUCUUGUCCGCCAGUGGAGGUGUGUGGUUUGGAACUUGAUGGAGGUCUAGCACUGGAGGGUUUAAACGCACUAUAGCUGCCAAGUGACCUGACAGGGCAGCUUUUAAAGUUGACCACCGAACGGUGGUGUUCUGUACAUAGUAGAGGAGCAUUCUGGCUGUGUGUGAGGGCUGGGCGGGUGAGAAGUUUUUUGCGGGAAAAAGAGAGCGAUGCUAUUGCUGUUAGCUCAAGUUCUGAUAAAGGUGUUUUGCAUGUAAAUGGUCUGAAACCGUGUACUACUCUGACCGCUGAUAUCAGUAAGUGGGACACGCGACUUGAUCUUUUGGUAUCUUAUGUAUGUUGGUCUCCAUAAAGGAAUACUUGUUCCUAAUUGUGUCUAGAACUUAAUCACUGAAGAAAUGUCUGUUUGCUUA